UUUUGAAAUAGUUAAUGCCUGUCACAUCAUCCCUACCAUAAAAGGAAAAGGACAGAUGCCUAUAACCUAAGUGGGCUCCAGAGCUUCUUCUCCCUGAAAGUGUGAUGAUGGACACAUACUAGCCCUUAGAGUUCAUUCUCAAGGGGGCAAAACUAAUUUGGAGGGAAUAGAAUAAUACAGGCAAAAAUCAUAGCCAUGUGGUCAUACUUCUUUCUGCAAAUCUAUUUGUCUUCCAGCAAUAUUUAACUUCUGAGUACCUCUACUCCUCUUUAGCACAGGGUCAGAGAUCAUCUCCGCCUCACAGCACCACUGAGUGGAUUAAGUGGGAUGAUCCUGUGAAGCACUUAGAAGAUGGCCAGGGACGUUACUAGUACACCUAGAUCUUAAAUAAUGAUAUUUAAGUAUAUACUGUAACAAACCAGUUUGAAUUACUGUGUGAUACCUGAUUCCAAGCGUUGAGAGUCUGCUAAGAACAAUUCACGCUGAAAGGGUUCUGGGCAGGCUCACAAAUGACCUUAGGAGCGAGAUCUGGUCCCUUCUAAACAAAGGUGCUUCAAGGACAUUGCCUCGAUCACAGGAAGUCCCAGUAACUUUCCUCAAGUCCCUUUGUGCUACAGGGUGCCAUCUUUCUGCAUGCAAAAUUCAAACUGCUUUAAAGGAAUCCUUUAGUUCUUCCUCCUCCCAGGAAUGAAUUCUUGACCUGGGACCAUCAAUUCAUCAAACCUUAGCAGUUCCGAAACUAAUUCUAUUUUUUUUUUAACAUCUGCUUUAGAAUUUAUGAGAAAUGAAUCCUCUUCGCCCCAGUAAUGUUUUUUUCUACAAGGACAAGAAUUCACUGGGGAAACCCUAAGUGAAGAUGAAUAGGAUGUUAAGUGUUGCCAGUAUUCCUUUUAAUAUGAAGCAAUUUCAUAAUGGCCUUAUUAAACACCCAAGUUAAAAGAGAUACAUUAACGGUUGCGCACGUUACCACGGAGAAGCCCAUUCUCUGAUUUCAGGCAAACACCAUUCAAGAGCCAACCUACUAUUCCAAGAGUUUACUAUUUUAUUCUUGCUUCAAAAUGGCAUCAACGGCGACGGGGUGCUUUCGGGGGACUAUUGCACAGAAUUUCUGCAACAAAGGGGCAGGCUCCAGGAAAUGAAACGGGAGCUCUCCUCCCAGCAACACACCCCCUAAUCAAACAAGCAGCUUUAUGACAUGCGCAAACGGAGCAGAAGUCUAAGUGACUUCAGCAGAACUAGCUUCCCCAGGAUUUCCUGUCCAAAAUCAGAGUGUGGAGAUCCGUACUUAACUGGUUACAAAUCAUCUAGUAAGCAAAGCUGCCCCACCCCCAUAUUUUUGUUUAAAAAAAAAAAAGAAAGAAAGAAAGAACAUACCUAUCAUUUGCACAUUCUCUCUGGACUUCAUUUGUUCCCUUUCUUUUCGUUGAAUAGGUAGAAAAUUAAACAAACAAACAAACAGAAAAACCUUCCUCCACCUAUUUGCUCAGUGUGUCAUUUCCCUGUGAGGUUAUUUACAGGUUUCUUUAGCCUUUUUUCCCCUCCUGCCUGGUAAUUACUUACUGAAAGAAAUCUGCUCCUUCAGGGCAAGCUCUUCCUUUUAACCCCUUUAGCUCACUCUUCCUUGGAGGCUAGCAAGGAGUGCGCGGCUCUGCAGUGACUGGGAACCCACCUAGAGGGCCCCCUUGACGCCAGCAUAUCCCCUGUCAGGCAGCAGUCUGCAGCUGAGCGAGCGGGCUACUGCAGAGUUAAUGUACAGUACCAGGGAGCCUGCAAGUGUCCUGCUCUGAGCUGGGGCGGCACAGCCCAGGGCAGACAAGGCGGCUGCGAGGAUACCAAAGGUUCUGCCGGAAAUUCGGUGUGGGGGGACUCCUGUUGCCACUGUGUUUCAAAAGCAUGCAAGGUCUGUAUAGCCUGGGCAUGAGAAUCUUGCGGAUGUCAGAGCACCAGAGUAAAUGACAUCUAAUUGGGAACUGAAUCGGGGCGGUAAAGACAACAGAGAGAAAAGAAAGCCAGCCGAGUAAGAAAUUCUUAGACAACGUCUGCCUUGCAGCUGUGAAAUUCAUUUUCUUUCCUAAUUAAAAAAAAAAAUAAAAAAAAAAAAAAAAAUUAAAAGCUCACACACGGUUUUGACGACAACAAAUUAGAGGGGAUUCGGCAGUGAGAGAAUCGAUAGCUUAGUCAUUUUACUGAAAGAGAGCAGACAGCCUUAUUGUGGGGUUAGGCGGCAGAUGAAUUUCAUCACCACAGCGCCUUCUGAAGUCAUGAUGGGAGCCAGCACCAAUCCUGUCCUGCAAAGCAGAAAUUACUCAUUGCCUUUCUACUUCAGCAUUCGAAACCAGCAAUUCUGAGAUCGGGAGAAGAAGUUGCCUUGCACUAUACAUGGUUUCUAGUCCCUCUGCCCAGGUCUUCGUCGGACACGUCUCAGACUCAGACAGUAGCACUGCGUUAAAGUGACCACACAGGAAUAUGUUCCUAAGAAAGAAGAAAAAGCAGUAUUCAUCCCUAAAGGACAGCAUGGCACAGCGACCUGAAGUUUUCCAUUUCCCUCCUAACACUUCUUUAACAAGGAUAACAAGAAACUGUCUUUUGACUCCUUUUUGUCCACAUUCCAUAGUGCUUUCUAUGAGGAUGCAUUAAUUCAUACUCAAGACACUUGGAUCUCACCAGGACAAUACUCGCCAUCAUUUAGGAGUAGAGACUGGACUGGUUCUAUUAGUGUGUUCACUGGUAGGAGCUACAUGGAUGGACUCAUACCUGCAAUACUCUGUGAUGUUUCGUUCUCCAAAUCCUGGAAGGGCUUUUGUUUUUGCUGUUUGUGUUCUUUUCUGGGGGGGGGUGUGAUUUUUUGGGGGGGGUGAAAUUCAUUACUUGUUGGAAUAAUUAUCCAUGAUCGAUGCUCAAACCAGACUGUUGGGAUUCACCUGUGAAAAUCACUACAUGCAACAAAGGAGACGAGGAAAAUCUUAAUGACGGAAGAGCUGCGAACAUGAUGCAUGUGAAUACCUUCCCUUUCAGAAGGCAUUCCUGGAUAUGUUUCGAUGUGGACAAUGGCACAUCAGCGGGACGGAGUCCCUUGGAUCCCAUGACCAGCCCAGGGUCUGGGCUGAUUCUCCAAGCAAACUUUGUCCACAGUCAACGCCGGGAGUCCUUCCUGUACCGAUCUGACAGUGACUAUGACCUCUCUCCAAAGUCUAUGUCCAGGAACUCCUCGAUUGCCAGUGAUAUACAUGGAGAUGACUUGAUUGUGACCCCGUUUGCUCAGGUCUUGGCCAGCCUGCGAACCGUACGGAACAACUUUGCUGCAUUGACUAAUUUGCAAGACCGAGCACCCAGCAAAAGAUCACCCAUAUGCAACCAACCAUCCAUCAACAAAGCCGCCAUCACAGAGGAGGCCUACCAGAAACUGGCCAGCGAGACCCUGGAGGAACUGGACUGGUGUCUGGACCAGCUAGAGACCCUGCAGACCAGGCACUCCGUCAGUGAGAUGGCCUCCAACAAGUUCAAAAGGAUGCUUAACCGGGAGCUCACGCAUCUCUCUGAGAUGAGUCGGUCUGGCAACCAGGUGUCGGAGUACAUCUCAAACACGUUCUUAGAUAAGCAACAUGAAGUGGAAAUCCCCUCUCCAACUCAGAAGGAAAAGGAGAAGAAGAAAAGGCCGAUGUCGCAGAUCAGUGGGGUCAAGAAGUUGAUGCACAGCUCCAGCCUAACUAAUUCAUGUAUACCCAGGUUUGGGGUUAAAACGGAGCAGGAAGAUGUCCUGGCCAAGGAACUAGAAGACGUGAACAAGUGGGGCCUCCACGUUUUCCGAAUAGCAGAGCUGUCUGGUAACCGGCCGCUGACUGUUAUCAUGCACACCAUUUUUCAGGAACGAGAUUUGUUAAAAACGUUUAAAAUCCCAGUAGACACUUUGAUUACGUAUCUUAUGACUCUGGAAGAUCAUUACCACGCCGACGUGGCCUAUCACAACAACAUCCAUGCUGCAGAUGUCGUCCAGUCCACUCACGUGCUGCUCUCUACACCCGCUUUGGAGGCUGUGUUCACAGACUUGGAGAUUCUUGCGGCCAUUUUUGCCAGUGCAAUACAUGAUGUGGACCAUCCUGGGGUGUCAAAUCAAUUUCUGAUCAAUACAAACUCGGAACUCGCUCUGAUGUACAACGACUCCUCGGUCCUAGAGAACCAUCACCUGGCGGUGGGCUUUAAGUUGCUCCAGGAAGAAAACUGUGACAUUUUCCAAAAUCUGACCAAAAAGCAAAGACAAUCUUUAAGGAAGAUGGUCAUUGACAUUGUCCUGGCGACAGACAUGUCGAAGCACAUGAACCUGCUGGCUGAUCUGAAAACCAUGGUUGAAACCAAGAAGGUGACAAGCUCUGGCGUCCUCCUCCUGGAUAACUACUCCGACAGGAUCCAGGUCCUUCAGAAUAUGGUGCACUGUGCAGACCUGAGCAACCCCACAAAGCCACUCCAGCUGUACCGCCAGUGGACGGACCGUAUAAUGGAGGAGUUCUUCCGCCAGGGGGACCGGGAGCGGGAGCGUGGCAUGGAGAUAAGUCCCAUGUGUGACAAGCACAACGCCUCUGUGGAAAAAUCACAGGUGGGCUUCAUAGACUAUAUCGUUCAUCCACUCUGGGAGACGUGGGCAGACCUCGUACAUCCCGAUGCCCAGGACAUUUUGGACACUUUGGAGGACAAUCGUGAGUGGUACCAGAGCACAAUCCCCCAGAGCCCCUCCCCUGCACCUGAUGACCAAGAGGAGGGCCGGCAGGGACAGACUGAAAAAUUCCAGUUCGAACUAACCUUAGAGGAAGACUGCGAGUCAGACACUGAAAAGGACAGUGGAAGUCAAGUGGAGGAAGACACUAGCUGCAGUGACUCUAAGACUCUGUGCACCCAAGACUCAGAGUCCACUGAAAUUCCCCUUGACGAGCAGGUUGAGGAGGAAGCUGUAGCGGAGGAGGAAAGCCAACCUGAAACUUCCGUCCCAGAUGAUUGCUGCCCUGACACGUAACAGUAUAAAGGCUGUCCCACUCUUUCUUUUUCUUUUUUUUUUUAAAGUAGAAAAAUAUUGUUUCCAAAGUGCAUGUCACUUGCCACAACCAUGGUCACACCUCACUGUCACCUGCCAGGACGUUGGUUGAACAAAACUGACCUUGAACUACUCAGUCUGGCGCUCAGGAAUAUUGUAACCAGUUCUCUCACCGCCCCCAUGUCAUCGGAGAAGAGAGAUGUCUUCACGUACAGGACGUGGACGUGACGUCAGCUUGGCAGAGCUGACAAAGCGGAUAAAGUUGACUCCAACUGUUUUCCAAGGGAGCCUGUGGCCCAUCCAGCUGCCCAGACGCUAAGAUCGGAUUGCAGGGUUCCUUUCUGAUUUGCUUGCAAACGUGUUAAGAAGAAAGAAGGCAUUUGGUGACGCGUGUGAACUCACAGAUGAAGCAAUGACAGCGUCAUGAACAGGACACAGCUUGGAUCUGUCCCCUGGAGGAGGAUGAGCCACAGAAAUUGCAUACUUUUCUAAUUUCAAGUCUUCCUGAUACAUGACUGAACAGUGUGGUUCAGUGAGCCACACUCACCUCUCUCUACAUUUUGUAUGAUAUGUAAAACAGAUUUUUUGUAGAGCUUACUUUUAUUAUUAAAUGUAUUGAGGUAUUAUAUUUAAAAAAACAAAACAAAACUCUGUUCAGAACUUCAUCUACCACUGGUUUUUUUUUUUUUUGUUUUGUUUUUUGGUUUUUUGGGUUUUUUUUUUUUUCUAAGAAGUAACUUGCAAGUUUUCAGUACAGAUCAGUACUACACUGGAGAAAUCUCAUUUACGAAUUUUACUUGCACCUUAGAGGUCCUAGCAAUGAACUGAUUUGUAGUGAUUCAUUCUUUUAUAUACCAAUGACUUCCAUACUCUAAAACAGAGAAACAAAUUUACGUUGCGGGAAAACCCUUUUUGUAAGUGUCCAUUGGCUCCUCCUUUACUUCCACUCCUCCACCCGCCAGGGGAGUUUGCUCUCCCACAUUGCUCCCCUCACUGUGUGCAAAGUGAGUAUUUAUUCUGUAAUACGUCAAUGUGCAUUAUGUCCAGUGUUGUCUUAAACCUCAUAGGAGCUCAGUCGUCAGCUGCUGUUGUCUGAAGUAAAUGGGAGAUAUAUAAAUACCCAGUAGCUAAAACAGUCAAGUCUUUUCCAGGCAUUUUCCUACCCACUGCCUUCUGGUAAUUUCCUUUUUUUUUUCCCCUGUGUCAGGAGACAUGCAUUCACACAUGCUUGUCCUUGUAGUCAUCUGAACAUUUCACCAUCAUUUUAUUGUUGCUCACAGCCAGUUACAGGAAGAAAAACAUUUUCGCAUCCUGUUGCUUGGUUUAAUGUCUAUGCCAGCCUCUGCCCAUGUUCACUUGAUGGGGGUCUUACCAAGUCUGUUGCUACCAUUCUGACUGAGGAAAAAGAAACAGGUUGUCAGGGCAGGGCUGAAGUUGAAUUCUUCUACAUGGUUCUGUCUUCUCUAACUUUUUCCUCUGAGGUUGCAGAGGAAAAGCAUGCUAAGUGUUAUAUAGGCAGUUCUUAAGACUGUCAGCUGUCUCUAUCAACAAAUACCAGGACAGCUGCUGUUUGAACUGCCCAGGGAAGUGAGACCUCCGUGAGGAGCAGCCCUGGGAAGUGGUUCUGAGUGCUGCAGCUGCUCUCUCCUAAUGGACAGCCUGGUAACAUGUGGACUUUGCUAUUGAUUCUUCUUGCUCCAUCAGCUUGUCCCAUAGGAAGGACUGCUGCAGACACACUAAAGGAGAGUGGAUGAUACCGCUGGCUCCAGGCGGAUCGUUAUGCGAUGGGAUCUAAACCAGUGGGUUGUGUGAGUCUGCCUCAGUAGAACAUUAAGAGAGGAAUCCAGAUUUCAGCUGCAGGAACUCUGUGAAUUUAUGGCUUAGUUCCCAGGGUUAACUUGCUGAUACCAGUCAGCCUCACGCAGCACGUUAGACCUUAGUCGUAUUCUUGGAGUAAGGUUUGGAGCCCAUGCUGUUUUCCUUUAUGGCACCCAAAUGGGGACUAAAGGAGAGGGUGGUGUAUGACCAAAUGGAAAAGGAAACAUUUAAGUCCUAAGUCUGGAAAAAAAUAUGAAUAAAACUUCUCCGGGAAGUUGGAGGCUAGUGACUGAGAAAGUAAGUCUUCAGCCAGGGAGAUCACCCAGGCUGCGCACAAACCUUGUUGCAAGUUCUUGAAUCCAAACGAUGCUUAGAGCCUUUGGUACAGAAGUGUUUCUGAUCUGUGGCAUAGGGCGGGAUAAAAAUCAAAUAAGUGAUCAUUGGCGGGCCAGCCACCUUUCCUUGUGAAGAGUGCAUGGCACACAGUCAGCCUUUGUGUGACCAGAGAUUUCACAAAACGCUGGGGCACCUGUUUCUCUUUUCAUUUCACGGAUCCCUGAAGGAGGUCUAGAAGAAAAGGCGAUGAGUCUAGAGCUUAUCCCCCUUUCUAAAUCAUUCUCGCUUUCCUUCCUCCCUACGUGUGGCAUUCCCCCCUCCCCCGACAGAGUGCCUGUAGUCUUCAUAGUAGAAUAAGUAAGUAAAUAAAUCAAUAAAUAAGCAAUAUGUCAUAAACAGAUCCAUACUGCAGGCAUUGACAGCUACAGUAGUGGAGCUUUUGUGGUGUAGUGUGUUGGUUUUAAAUGGCAUUGUGCUGUCGAGGUAUCCACUGAUGGACAAUCAAGCUGUAGAGGACACACAAUAUCCAAGAGUUACGGACUAGUACACCAGACCUACUCAGCCAUCUGCUUACCACCCCCACUCCUUGACCAUGCCCCGCCCCCGCUCACUCUCUUGUCAAAGUGUGCUUCACGAGACACGCUGCAUUAACAAGAACAUCUUUAUACAAGUGGCUUCACAUCUCCUAAAACGCCAUAAGAAAAAAAAUGCAAUAUCUGGGUACUGUAUGGGGGAAAAGAAGUCUAAGGUUUGCAUAAAACCAGUACAUUUCAGCUUGCAAGUUACGGAACGUGAUAACGCUGUUUCCAUUACGUUUUCAUCCACAUCAGUAAGUCGCAGUAACACAGUGGAGAUAGAACAAACCACAGAUAAGGAGAGAAAAAAAAAAAACUUGAAUGAAACAGAUUUUACAGAAAGCUUUAUGAUAAUUUUUAAUGCAUUAUUUAUUUUUUUUUUGUGCCAUGCAUUUUUUUUCCUCACCAAAUGACCUUACCUGUAAUACAGUCUUUUUUGUCUGUUUACAACCGUGUAUUUAUUGCAAUGUACAUACUGUAAUGUUAAUUGUAAAUUAUCGGUUCUUAUUAAAACAUCAUCCCGCGCUGGGAUGGUGUUGACAUACUUGGAAACUCUUGGUGAGAGAAUGAAUGGUGUGUAUACAUGCUCCUUGUACAUUUUUCUGUUUCUUCUGUAAUAUAGUCUCGUCAUCAUAAAGCUCGUUUAUGGAAAAAUCCAAGAAAAAUAUAAAAUACAUAAAGAUAUAUAAAUUUAAAUAACAUAGCUGCAGGUCUUUGGUCCCAGGGCUGUGCCUUAACUGUAACCAAUACUUUCUUCUGUUUUGCUGCAAUUCAAAGUUAGGUGGUAGUGAGGCUCGGGCUGGGCGUUUUGGAGCCGUGCUCCUCAUUGAUUGGAUUGCAAAACUAUAGAUGACGGCUGGAGAACCUUCUGACCCUUGUGAGAUAAAACCUCUUACAUACACGUUGCCACGGAGCAAGAUGGCACCGAUGGUGCGCAUUCACCAGCUGAGUGCCGGGAGCUACUACACCUGGAUACACGGCAUUGGUUUUCUUCCUCCAAACCACACAUCAAGAAAACAUUCUUCUCUAGGGACUGGAGAAUGGCCUUCUGGCUUCUAGUCCUCACGGGAAGAUGAAUUUGAUUUGAAAUGGGAGCCAUGGUUCACUAAUCUUGUCAGUCCUGUGUUCACCGGCUUCCUGCCAUGCUAAGAUAUUACACUAUUUUAAAUUCUCUCCUCUCUCCAAGAUUAACCAAAUUUAGAAAUAUGGAUGAUACAUAGUCCAUAUGUAUCAUACAUAUGCAUACAGACACGUGCGCAGACAUGCACAUGUCAGUCAUCUGUGUAAACACAGUUAUAUGAUGAUGCCAAUUCAUGUAAAAUAAAGAAUCCAUGUCUCUCGAAAAUUGUUUUUGUGUGUCCACGUGGAAUUGUUAAGCAUAGCCUUGUACAAUGGCCAGUCCUGAAAGCCACAAGAGCUUCUUUGUGGAAAAGGUGGCCACCUCCCACCAUAGCCCAGCCCUUAGAAUAUGUGACGUAGAAAAAAAGAAAUUCUUUUUUUUCUAGGGAAAAAAAAAGAGCCUCUUAUUAUUUCAUUUUAUUUUUUGACACAAACUGUAGAUUUUAGCAGCCCUGGCCCAAAGGAAUUUGAUUACUUUUGUUUUAAACAGUACAAAUGGGACACUAUACUCAGAAAAUACAUCCUUCGCUGAUUUCAGUUUUUAAUCGCUUUAUUUCUUUGGGUAUGUUUUCAGAGUGGUGAGCUGUGUGCGAGCAUCACAGAUAAUGAAUCUGUCAGUGGUUUCUUAGCCUCUCUUACAGCCCAUGGGGAUAGCACUGUACAUCAAUACCUUCAUAUCAAAUUUUUAUAUGCCAUGAAAAUAAAAGCAUGGGUUGAUUCUGCCUACUUAA